CGACUAUGCCAAGAUGGUCCUGCAGGCGCGGAGCAGGCACCGCGGGGAGGCGGCUCCCAAGCCGUCGCCGCUGAGGGGGGCGUCCGAGCCCGGCGAGCGCGCGCCCUCGUCCCCCGGGCGCAGGAAGGGGCCCCGCGCCGAGCCCGCGCCGCCCGCACGGGGCAGCGUGGCGGGGCGCCUGGCGGCCGGGCUGCGCGCGCUGGGCCUGCGGCGUGCGGGGCGCGGCGGCACCUGGAGCACGCUCGCGCUAGCUGCCUUUGCAGCCUUGCUGCACUGGAGCCAUAUAACACACCUUUUUGAGAAUGAUCGUCAUUUUUCACACCUUUCAACAUUGGAAAGGGAGAUGGCUUUUCGCACAGAAAUGGGACUGUACUACUCUUACUUCAAGACUGUGGUGGAGGCGCCCUCGUUUGUGACUGGUGUGCAGAUGAUCAUGAACGACAAGCUCACAGAAUACCCGCUUGUUAUCAACACUUUAAAAAGAUUCAACCUCUACCCUGAGGUGAUACUGGCCAGCUGGUACCGGAUUUACACCAGAAUAAUGGAUUUGAUUGGUGUUCAGACCAAGAUAUGCUGGACAGUUACCCGGGGAGAAGGACUCAGCCCUGUCGAAAGCUGUGAAGGAUUGGGAGAUCCUGCUUGCUUUUAUGUUGCUGUAAUUUUUAUGUUAAAUGGACUCAUGAUGGCAUUAUUCUUCAUAUAUGGCACAUAUUUAAGUGGCAGCCGGCUAGGAGGCCUGGUUACAGUAUUAUGCUUUUUUUUCAAUCAUGGAGAGUGUACUCGGGUGAUGUGGACACCACCUCUUCGUGAAAGCUUCUCCUAUCCGUUCCUUGUACUUCAGAUGUUGCUCGUGACUCAUAUUCUAAGGGCUACAAAGCUUUACAGAGGAAGCCUGAUUGCACUGUGCAUGUCCAAUGUGUUCUUCAUGCUGCCUUGGCAGUUUGCUCAGUUUGUGCUUCUUACUCAGAUUGCAUCAUUAUUUGCAAUAUAUGUUGUGGGAUACAUUGAUAUAUACAAAUUACGGAAGAUCAUUUAUAUACACAUGAUUUCUCUUGCACUGUGUUUUGUUUUGAUGUUUGGGAACUCAAUGUUAUUAACAUCUUAUUAUGCUUCCUCCUUGGCAGUGAUUUGGGGAAUGUUGGCCAUGAAACCACGUCUUCUAAAAAUGAAUGUAUCUGAUCUUAGCUUAUGGGUCAUCCAAGGAUGUGUCUGGUUAUUUGGAACUGUAGUUCUCAAGUACUUGACAUCUAGGAUCUUUGGCAUUGCAGAUGAUGCACAUAUUGGCAACUUAUUAACAUCAAAAUUCUUCAGUUAUAAGGAUUUUGACACAUUAUUGUACACCUGUGCAGCAGAGUUUGACUUCAUGGAAAAGGAGACUCCUGUGAGAUACACGAAGACACUGCUGCUUCCGGUUGUUCUUGUUGUGUUUAUUGCAAUUGUUAGAAAGAUUACUAGUGAUGUGUGGUGUGUCAUAGGUAAACAACAGACACAUACAAGAAAACAGCAGUUUGAUCAUGGCGAGCUGGUUUAUCAUGCACUGCAGCUUUUAGCAUACACAGCCCUCGGCAUCUUAAUCAUGAGACUGAAACUCUUCCUGACACCACACAUGUGUGUUAUGGCUUCCUUGAUCUGCUCAAAACAGCUGUUUGGAUGGCUCUUUUGCAAAGUGCAUCCUGGUGCUGUUGUUUUUGCUGUAUUAGCAGCAAUGUCCAUUCAAGGCUCAGCAAAUCUGCAAACCCAGUGGAGUGUUGUUGGGGAGUUCAGCAACUUGCCACAAGAAGAACUUAUAGAAUGGAUCAAAUACAGUACGAAACCAGACGCAGUGUUUGCAGGCGCCAUGCCCACCAUGGCGAGCGUGAAGCUGUCUGCGCUCCGUCCUGUGGUGAACCACCCUCACUAUGAAGACGCGGGCCUGAGAGCCAGAACAAAAAUAGUAUACUCAAUGUAUAGUAGAAAAUCAGCUGAAGAAGUGAAGCGAGAAUUGAUCAAGUUAAAAGUGAAUUACUACAUUCUAGAAGAGUCUUGGUGUAUAAGAAGAUCCAAACCUGGUUGCAGUAUGCCUGAAAUUUGGGAUGUGGAAGAUCCUGCCAAUGCCGGGAAAACUCCCCUAUGUAACCUCUUAGUGAAGGAUUCCAAGCCUCACUUCACCACAGUAUUCCACAACAGUGUUUACAAGGUUCUAGAAGUUAUAAAGGAAUGACCACAUGUGAGCUGUUGCCUACAGAGAACCACAUCAGUCAUGGUUUUAAUAUUUUGCUGUCAUGAAUUGUUUUUAAUUCAUAUUCAAAAACUUCUGUAGAUAACCGUUUUCAAAUGGAAAACUAUUGGUCAGUUUGUCAUUCUGGUUGUAAAAAUGACAUGCAUUAUCAGUUGGUUACUGUUUCAAAGUACCCCCUAAAAUUUGCUAUGCAAAUGAAUAUAUACUUGUUCUUGAUUUAAACAUUUGUGUCAGAGUGAACAAAGCCACCUUUGUAAAAAUACAUCAUGGUUCAUGACAAAGAUGAUACUAACAUUCAGACCACUCUGAACUCCAUGAGAUCUUACAGCUCAUGGACCGCUGAUGUCCCUUGCUUCCGUAUUUGCCUCUUGCUCUUGUCUUUGGACAUUUCAGUCAUCCUUAUGGGCUUUCAGGUUUGCCAGCCCCACCCACGGAGCUUAGUAGAUCGGGAAGAUGUAUUUGGGAUGUGGAAUUACUUGUUCAUCUCACUUCUUCGUGCUCUUUCUGUUCUGUUACUCUUGUGAAUGAGCUGUUUCCUGCCCAUUAUUCAUCGAGACUUUUGGAUGUGGUUAGGACCAGUUUCUUUAGCUUCCAGCCACAUAGCAUUAUGAUGUUGCCCACCCCCAACAUGCUGCACACAUAUUUUUUGGCAAAUAAGUGCUGUCUUUUCACUGAGUUGCUUAACAAUUACUUAUUCUUGGUUCCAAAAAUAGUAAAUGUGUAUUUUCUCAUUUUAUUAUUCAAAUGUUUAUAUUUUAUUAUCUUUAAACCACUUUAAAAAUUUUUUCAUGUUUACAGGUUAAAGAAAAACUAUUUUGAACAACCCCAAAUAUAAUGCAUCUAGAGUCUAGUGUAUAUUUCAGUAGGUAUAAUUUAUAGUAGACUAGAGUAUAUGGUACUUUUUCUCUUACUAUUAAGAUAUAAUAAAACAUAACUAAUUUUUCUGUCAAAAAGUAAGUGAAUAAUGAUAACUGAGUGGAAGUUUUGUAUUUUAAACUCAAGUUUGCCUGUCUUCAAUAAGACAAAGCCUUAAGCCUUAUUAUAACUUUAGAUCUAAAAGAAGAAUGAAUAUAUUCAAAUUUCUCCUUCAUUUUUUCUUCCUGUUUAUUUUUUUCUAAGAAUAUUUGCAAACCUGAUUUGAAUUUUUUGUAUAAAUAUUGUUUCUUAGAAGUUAAUUUGUAUGAAAUGAAAUUUGUCAAAAUGAUAGAUCCUCAUUGUUUUAAGAAAUAGUUUUCAGGUGUUUUAAGUUCUAAACAAACUGUGAAAAUGGCUGGGUACACAUUUAAUUAUACAGUCUUCUCUUAACUAUAGGCAGAUUAACCUCACUGUGGAUUGUCCUUGAGACCUGAAUUCUCAAGGAUGGUUUCUUAUGCCCACUCCCGGGAGACGCGGAAGAGCUGCUCUUUCUGCCUUCUCACCAAGCCCAAGGACAGGCGUGGUCCGGGGGAAACUCUAGCUCAGACUGGUCUGGGGGAAGCACUAGCUUUGCUUGUACUGUCCGCUGCAGAGACAGCAUGUACAACCGAGCAGUGUGAAGUACCCUCCCCAGGGCCAGCCUCACUUCCUGGAGCCACCAGGGGACUGUUUCUCCCAGCGCCCUGUAGCCUGUGCCCACGCCUUUUCAUUUGCUACCUGUCUGUCUGAUUUUUUUAAGCUUUUCCCAAUUUCAGAAAAUAGAGGAGUAGCUGGGGAUUCGUGGAUUAGAAGUAGGAUUUGAGCAGUGAUGCAGUCACUAAUCCGAAAAGAAGGAAAGGGUGCCCUUGAGGUUGGGGAGAAAGAACAGAGACGGAUGUGAGGGGGGGAGGUAUGCCCGUCUCUGCCUCCUCUGCGGUUGUUCGGCACGCUGAUGAGGUUAGCUUGCAUAUCCAACAGUCAGGAUUUUUUGAUCAUAUUUUAACGUUUAUUUUCUAUCCUCAACCUCCAACAUUUCCUUUUAUUAUAAGUUCACAUAUAACGAUUGGAAAUUCUGUACAGAAAAAAAAAUCUAUAUCACAUGUUGGAAAACAUUAAAAGAAGUCUAAAUUAGUUUUUUGCCCUAGGAGAAUACUUUUGUAAUAAUAUUUCUUAAUGUAACCCCACCAGCUCUGCUUGUACUUUAGGCAAGUUAGCUUAACUGGAGGCCUUGGGGGUCCACUGCACAGUCAGCCUUGCACACUUCCAUAGCAGUUGGUGCUGCGUGGUAUAAAUACUUUUAUGGCAACAUAGAGUAGUAAUAGAUUCUCUAUACAUGGCAAUGCAGUAUUAAAGCUCAGUAUUUUACAUAUUUUUAGCAUUUUUUUUUUUGUUUUAGUGUGAGGAAAGUAAGGAUGGUUAGGAAGUGAUUAAAGCAGUGUUGUUGUGACAUUUAAAUAAACAAAGCUAGGUCAGUAUCUCCAUAUAAAAAUGAGCCUCUAAAACUGUGUGGUGUGGAAAAAUGUACUGUUAAAGUAGGCCAGUGACUUUCAGGAGAAAAUGAAAGAAUGUGUCAGAAGUAAAGUGAUGUUACACCAGGAGAAUUGUAUUUUUAUGAAUCCUAUGUCUCUUGUUUACAUGUACUAUAUAUGGUAAAUAAAACCUUAUGAAAAAGA